UGUCCCGCUCUUUGCUAUCCUCACUGCUGUCGCACUCCUCCCGGUUCCAAAAACCCUAAUCCCGCCUUCUUUCGCCGUGCCCCUCGAAACCCUAAAUCUUCGAUACGAUUCCGGUACCAUUUCCGGUCGGGCGCCGAUGGCCGGUCCUCGAUCGCGGUCCUCACCAUCCCAGAUGCCGUGCGUUAGAUGCUAGAUUCUUCUCCGAGCGCUUUCUGAUCUCUCUCGGAUUUGAUUUGCCCCAAACUUAUAUCCUGGCGACGGAGAGCGGCACUGCCGCGCCGGCAGAAGCUGCCGCCGAAGAUCCUGGAGAGAUAGUGGCGCACGAAGCAGCGCCACCUUUGGGCGUGAUGACUGGGCAGUCAUCGUGGAGGAAAACGACGGCGAUAGCGGAUGGAAGAAAGCCGGGAGACCCGGUGAUGGGCGCAGUGUCGUGGCCCGCGCUCGGGGAUGCCACGACGAAGGUUUCGUCGGAUUGUACGGCUAAGGUGGCUCCUUCGGCUGUGCCGCCACCAAUGGCAGUGGGGAAUGCACGUUCGAUUCCGUGGGAUGUGCCGCCGCCACCACCACCUUUUUCAGUUCAGGGUUCAAUGGUUAUGCACAAAUCUAGUGGAUUUGGAAGUAACAAUUCUUCCAAGCAUCAGCCAAUGCAUUCUAACAAACAUGGUCCCAGACGUAACGCACUGGUUAAUGGUGGGCCACCUUUUCCUGUACCCUUGAUGUACCAGCAACAACCGGGGCAACCAGUGUUGUAUCCUGUUUUUCAACCUUCAACCCCGAUAGCCCAUGAUCAUGCUUAUCAGACGUGCCGAGCACCAUUUCCUAAUGGUCAGUCGCACAUUGUGAAGUCUGGUGAAUCUCAUAUUCCAGUCAUUGUCUCAACCAAUCAAUCUGGAGGUUCUGAUGGAAACAGAAAUUUUCCACCACCUCCACGUGGAGAUCCAAAUAAUUGGUGUCCUGGUGUAGGAUAUGGUGGUAGACCAUAUAACGUCCGUGAACCUCCCAAAAAUUUAAAUCAAGCAUGGAACAACCAAUGGGCUUUUGGUCCAAGGGACAACAUAAAUAUGCCACAAGGUUUUGGGCCGAGAACUUUCAUUAGGCCAGUUCCACAGUUUGUUGGUCCUACUCCUGGAUUUAUUCAUGGACCUGGUUUCCCAGGUCCUCCUCCGCCCAUGUAUUAUGUUUCUGCUGCUCCUUUUGAAGUAAUGUGUGGCCCUCAUUUUUCUUCGCAUCCUCCUCCUCCUGUCUAUCCAAAUUUGACACCAGAGAUGGCAGCUUUGAGAUCUAAUAUAGUCAAGCAAAUUGAGUACUAUUUCAGUGAUGAGAACUUGCAGAAGGAUCAGUACUUGAUAUCAUUAUUGGAUGAGCAGGGAUGGGUAUCUAUAUCCAAAAUUGCAGACUUUAAAAGGGUAAAGACAAUGACAACUAAUAUACCCUUGAUUCUGGAUGCUUUGCGGAGUUCAAGUUUGGUAGAAGUCCAGGAUGACAAAAUAAGGCGGCAUGGUGACUGGUCUAAGUGGAUUCGAGCUUCAGCUCAUUCUAUAGUUUCUACACAACCUCAGUCCACAGAGAGCCAACCUCCUGCCAGGAUGGAGGGUAUUGAUAGUGAUGAGACUCAUAGCGUUUGUAUUUCUCAUAUGGGUAAUAACUCUAAAGCUAGAUGUGAAGAUCAAGAUGAAUAUUCCAAUCCAACAGAUUGUUGUGGGAAAGAAACUAAUAACAGUUCAGAAUGUGAUACUAGGAAUGUGUUUGCUAGUGAUGAAAAAAACAAUGGAGAUAGCAAUAACAACAGCAAGGAGGUGAAAUCUAAUUUGAUUUCAGGGGCAGGACAACGAGAUUCAUCCGGUGGUUGUAGCUGUAUGGUUAGUAAUGAUUCCAUUGGUAGUGAUGCUGAUGCCAAUAACAAAUUUGGUGAUUCUGCUAGCUUUAGAAAUUCAGAGGAAAAAUCCAACUCUAGUGGUGAUCUUAAACCUGAGAAGAAAACUUUUCCAACAGAUGUGAGCUCUGGCACACAAAGUGGCACAGAAAGUCUAGAUUGUGAUAAAGUUUUUCUGGAUGAGUCUGUUAUCUGCAAUGUGCAAAGUACAUUUUUGCUUGAUGAGGAACUGGAGUUAGAGCAGACAACAAAUGAAAUGGAGCAUCUUUCAGUACAUAAAAGGCGUGCUGUUGAGGAGGAUGAAAUGGAUAUUAACGAUCAAGAUGUGCAUAAACUUGUAAUUGUGACACAGGAUAUCAGGGUUGACAAAGAUGAUGGAGCUAGCUCAGGUCAACCGGAGACAAUAUCGAAUGAACUUGCAUCUGUUAUUAGUGACGGGCUUUACUUUUACGAGCAGGAGUUGCAUGCCAAACAAUCUAGUAACCGGAGAAAUAAGAUUGGGACAGUGAAUAAACCAGAGGAUUUUAAAGCUUCCUUCAAUGCAACCUCACCUUUGCAUUUGAAGGCCAACAUAAAUAUAGGAAAUAGUGCAUCUGAAGUGUCUGGACAUGCUAGUUCUCGAAGACGCCAAAAUAAAGGCACUGGCAAAACACAUGCCUUGCAUAAGCCGCGUCUUUUUCCAAGCAAUUUUAGAAAUUAUGGCAGUGGGCGAAAUCGCCAUGGAAUGGUGUCUGAGAGCCCACCAAGCAACUCAGUUGGCUUUUUCUUCGGGUCAACACCGCCAGAAAAUACUGGCCUGAUGUCAUCAAAGUUGAGUUGCUCUCCACAUAGUAUUCUUUCUGGAAGUCCACCUGUGGGAUCGAUGCCAAAAUCUUUCCCACCAUUUCAGCAUCCAAGUCAUCAGCUUUUAGAAGAAAAUCAAUUUAAGCAGCAAAAGUUUCUGAAGUUCCACAAGAAAUGUCUUAAUGAUCGUAAGAGAUUAGGAAUUGGCUGCAGUGAGGAAAUGAAUACUCUCUAUCGGUUUUGGUCGUAUUUCCUCAGAGACAUGUUCAACAAAUCCAUGUAUGAUGAGUUUUGUAAGCUAGCAAUUGAAGAUACAGUUGCUACGUAUAACUAUGGACUAGAGUGCCUCUUCCGAUUUUACAGUUAUGGAUUGGAGAAACACUUUAGAGAAGAUCUUUAUGACGAUUUUGAACAUCUUACACUUGAGUUUUACAAAAAAGGCAAUCUUUAUGGUCUUGAAAAAUACUGGGCGUUUCACCAUUUUAGAGAAGAGCGGGGCAGUUCUCAGCCUCUACGGAAGCAUCCAGAGUUGGAGAGGCUUCUCCGAGAAGAGUAUCGCAGUUUGGAGGAUUUCAGGGCUAAGGAGAAGGUAGAGAAGGCCUCCGGAAAAGAGUGUAGCAGCAGCAGAAGCGGCGGUUCGAAUGACUCACAAGUCACACCAUAGUUGUGUUAUAGAGCUGCUUCCAGCCUUGCCUCUCUUUUCCAAAGGUUAAUACCCAUAGAAAACAAGAUAGAAGAGGAUUUGUUCAUGCAUACAUGUGGAGAUUUUGGGAUGUAAAAGCUGGCUAGUUCAGGAAUUCUUCUCUCCAUCCCGGAUUUGUACAUAAGGUAACCAAGGAUAAAAAACUGUACAAAAAUUGACCAAUAAAUAUCUGGAUUUAGUCGGUC